CUCAUUUUGGUGAACAGCUCCGAACCGAUCAGCUCACCAAAGUGAAUCGAUUCGAUGUAUCAGCUCAUCAGCUCUUUUAGUUUAAACUUAGAUUCAUUUUGUGCACCGUUUUUCUUAUGCCGGUUUUCUUUCAUAUGCAUGAUCGAAAUUGAAUCAUUGAUUUGCAAUGAUGCAAUGAAUGCAAUGCGAAUUAACUUAUCUUUAAUUGAUGUCGACUAAAUUGAAUCUCUUAAAGAGCCGAAGAUCCGAUCAGCUCGUAGCGUGUUCCCUUCGUCAUAAUGCAGUGAACUGGGUAGCAAAUGAGUGAGCUGGUGAGCUGCGGUUCUUUUGAAAAGAGCUGUGAGCUGUCAGCUCACUUCAAUGAUUCGAUUCACUGGAACAGCUCAGGAGCGAAUUGCCCAUCUCUACUUUGUAUGGAAAUUCAGAUACCUACCUUCUUAAUUCGAAUGUAAAAUUAAUUUAUAAUUGAGUUCUAGUUUAAACAAUGUACUCGGACGGUAGUGAUUAUGAACCCGAUUUUACUAACCCGUCAUCAGACAAAUCGUACUUCGAUUCGAUGUUGCGGUCAUCAGACGGCAAGGACGACCGUUCGCCGCCAAAGCCGAGAAAGUAUACCGAAAAAGAUCUGAAUCCUACCCAAAGAGAUCCGCGCUGUGAUGCAGAUUGGCCUCUCGCGUGCUAUUGGCCGGUAUUCGUUAGUAACUUCAAAUGCAAGGGCAACAGAAACGAUUGGCACCUGGAGGUAUCGGAUUAUUUCGCCUAUAAGGGUCUACUCGCUCGAAUGGUGCAUUUUCGUGAUAUGAGCGAUGAUGUGUUCAAGCAAUGUCAACGUUAUACUUUUCUGCCGGAUAUGCUAGUUUACUUCACCAGCCAACAGGACGCGAUGGAUGCGAUAAGGCUUUGUAAUCGCGAGAACUAUUACGGACACCGAUUGAAUGUUGUCUCUGGCCGCGAAGCUGAUAAUUUUGACAACGAGCGAAGUUUCCGAAUAAAACUCUUGUCUAAUAAGAGUGUUUUGAAAACUGAACAGUUGUUCGAAACUAAAUUUGCCAGAUAUAACAAGGUGGAUUGUGUGUUUCUACACGCUGUAAAAGAAUUUGUCCUCCAGUUCGCCAACAAAAAUGAAAUGGUUUCGGCGGCUUGUAACGUUGUCAACAUGAUUGUUGUUCCUUUGACAGGGCGUGUUUCCAAGCAGAGAUAUCUGGAGAGCGAUUUGAAACAGGAACUACUGGAUAAAAUCAAGUCGAACGAUGAAUUCAUGGAAAUGAAGCCUAGGAAGGAAGUCCUACAGGCGUUGCUGGAUAGAAAAACAGUUGACGUCGAUGUCAGCUGGCAAGGUCACUCUAGACCAGUACCUGGAAGAAGAUACUCUAAACAAUUAAAAGAAACAGCAAAGUAUUUUAAACGCAUAAGGCAACAACGAAAGGAAGACAUACGACGAGGACUGCAAGAAUAUUACGUUACUCCAGAGUCCGAAUGGUUUCUUCGGAUUUUAGGAGUGGAUCCAGCGAUUAGAGAUCAAAUUAACUCUAAAAAUAGGCAAAGGGGAAAAUUUAAGUUUAAUUAUAAAAAUAAUUUCAGUGCAUGUUCGGAUGCUCUGAAUGAUGUAUUUUCGCAAACUCGUCGCUUGGAGGGACUCACGCCUAUCUUUGCCAGAAAUGCCUUUGAAGACCUUUCAAUUUCCCUUUUCCUGGCUUUCAUCUUCUCGCUAGAUAUACCAUCUUCUGCAUCAGCAGGCGAUUCAUCGGGUGGUCUGAAAACAUUAACCUGCAACAGUGACGAGGAGCCGGAUUUCACUGAUGGUCAAAGUUGCAACCAACCGGCUAACGGUGAUGAUUCCGAAGACGAUCAGCUAGAACGUGUUCCACUAGGUAGAUGCUACAAGCCGGAAGAUCUUUAUCCGACGGUGGCUGCUUCUUAUGUGCCAACCUGGCCGCUUGAUCUGUAUCAUCCAGUGUAUGUCGGCAAUUUUAAAGUACUUUCUUGGGAUGAGAACAACUGGUAUGAGCAAGUGUCUACGUACUUCGCUUACAAAGGACUGCUAACAAGGAUGGUCUACUUUCACCAAUCGGAAAGUGAUCCUUUUUUUGAGUUCCAGAAGACUAAUCAGUUGAUAGACAUGCUUGUUUAUUUCACGUCGCAAAAAGAUGCGUCUAUGGCGAUAUCACUUUGCCAUAGAGAUUCGUAUUACGGACACAAGUUGAAUGUGCUCUCUGGACGUAAGCCACAAUACUUUCAACCACCCAUAAGUGUUAGAUUUGAACACAAUUCCUACAAAAUGCAUCAUAUGUCGGAGUCAUUUGUCGAACAAGCGUUAGCAUGUUUUGGUGAUGUAAGGUACAUAAUGAAAGAUUCCUUACAAGGAACGAUGGUUGAGUUCGGUUCGAAGAGAGCAAUGCUUGCUGCUGUCGCUAGCCAGUCUAUGUACAAGCCGGUACAAGUGAAACCCAGUGUAAUGAAACAACGAUUCAUCGAAGAAGACGUCAAAUCGGAGAUUGAUGAAGUAUUAAAAUCUAAUCCUUCGUUCAUGGAAAUGAAACCUAGACGAAUCAUACUUCAAUAUUUGUACGAAGGAAUACGGCCCUUGGUUGACACGACCUGGAUGAAUCAUGAUGUACCCAAACGAUCAAAAUUCGAAGCUGAGUUUCGUAAGAAAAAAAGCGAAAGAACACGUUUCUUGAUUCGCCGAUUACAAAAAAGACGAAAAAACAAAAGGGCUGGCAAUAAUCCUGAGCCUGAUGAGAAAACCUCGAACACAGAUGAACCGAAGCCGACUCCACAAGCCCAACCGGCUAGAAAUCCGCCGGAGAAUCAGAAAUCGAUGAAACAAGCGCGAGCGGAGACAUUAGAAGCUGUCAAUUCGUUCCUCCAAAGACAUGGUGCGCCACCGAUGUCACGAGAUACGGUUAACAGGCUAAAAGAUCAAAGCAGAGCUGCGAUACGGCGGAACAGGCAGCGGCCAAGAGGAAAGAACUUUUAAAUGAAAUUCAAUAUGACUACAUGUAAUUGACGAUAUAAUUCAAUCAUCUACAGUUUACUUUCAAAUAUAAAAUACUAGCGUGAA